AUGUCGGGUGCCGAGGUGCUAGCGGUGGUUGGAAUUAUUGCCAAUAUCACAGCACUUGUUGAUUUUGGUGUUGAAGUGUGCAAUCGAGCCACAGCCUUUAAUGAUGGAGCUUCUAAUAUACCAAAAGCUUUUCGAAGCACGGCAGAGGUGCUACCUCUUGUGAAAGCCACCUUGCAACAAACGGAAAAGCGCAUCCGUGAAGGCGACCUGGAUAUCGAAAGUUGUCAAGGGCUGACCAAGGUUUUGCAUAGUUGCCUGGAAGCGCUUGCAGAGCUGAACAAUAUUUUCCAAAGUGUUCUACCAAAGCAAGAUGCAUCAAAGUUGACAAAGUUUCGAAAGGCCAUUUCCAGUAUUCGUCAAGACAAAAAGGUAGAGGUCUUGGAGAAGGCUCUGAGAGGUCACAUCGAUGUACUCACCUUUUACUUCUCUUCGCAAACCCUAUCGAUUACCCAAAUCUCCCAAGCUGUCAAUUCGAGUUCAGAGCGAGACAACUCGCAGAGAAAGCCACUAUUUCUUGUUCGGUACCCGAAAGAGAAGGACUUUGUCGGACGUGAAGAUGUUAUGCUUGAGAUCUCUCAGCGUUUUGAGCAAAAUGUUCCAAGAGUCGCUAUCUGUGGUAUCGGCGGUGUAGGGAAAUCGCGUAUCGCUAUUGAGUAUUCUUAUCAAUACAAAGAUCAGCAUCCGACUUCUCAUAUUUUCUGGGUCUACGGUGGUAGCCACAGCAGAAUGGCUGAGGCAUACCAUGAGAUUGCAAGAGAACUGAGAAUCCCGGGAUUGGAUCAGCCAAAUGUCGACGUCUUAACGCUGGUUUCCGACUGGCUAAGCGAAAAAUCAAAUGGACCAUUUCUCAUGAUACUAGAUAACGCCGAUGAUGCCGAAAUAUGGGAGAAGAGUGGAAGUCCUUCCGAGAAACCUUUGAUUAACAUUCUACCCCGUGCUGACCACGGGUCAGUCUUGAUCACCACAAGAAAUUCCCAACUUGGAAGAACCAUAUCGAAACAUAAAAGUGUUGAAGUAAAUAUUCUCAAUCCCGAAGACUCCGUCACUCUCCUACAGAGCAAGAUCUCUGAAGGUGACGAGCUGACCGAAGCACACUCCAAAGAAAUCAUAGAGAUCCUUGGCUGUCUCCCUUUGGCAAUCACUCAAGCAGCUGCAUACUUGGGUCAAAUUGAAACUUCUGUCGCUGAGUAUCUUGAGCUCUUGAGAUCCAGCAAGGCGGAUGAAGCCGAUCUUCUAGUCCAUGGACGUUACGACGACAGCCGCGAUCCAGAUAUCCCGAAUGCGGUCUUUCAUACAUGGAAGGUCUCCUUCGAGCAGAUUUCUCGACAAAGCCCUCGUGCUGGAGCCAUUCUUUCCACAAUGGCUCUUCUCGAUCGGCAAGCCGUUCCACUAGGCCUCUUGAGAGAAGAAGAGGAAGAUGAGUUGGAUAUUCGAGAGGCAGUCCAGAAACUCAAGUCCUUUUCUCUUAUCACCGAGCAGGUCAAGAACAAAGUCUUUGGGAUGCAUAGACUUGUCCAGUUAUCAAUCCAAUGGCACCUGAAAAGUCAAAGAAGCCUAGAAAGUUGGCAAGAAAAAGCCCUGGCUUGCGUAGUAUCGUAUUUACCAGACUGCUAUGACGAUGAAACAUUAGAGUACUACAAUUUAUAUCUCCCCCACGCGUAUCUGGUACGUAAUUAUAAGUUCACCAACAAGGAGUGCCAGUGUCAGCUUAUAGAGCUCGUGAGCUUCCUCGGAAGUUACCAUUCUACCCACGACAACUACAAAUCCGCGGUUCAGGAUUAUCGACAGAUGAUAGAGCUUCAAAAGUCUGCACUCGGUGAGGAGCAUGAAAACAUAGUAAAAGCAAUGUUGGACCUGGGAGAUGCCCUUGCGCAAGAUGGUGAUGGGGAUAAAGCCGACCAGAUUUUUGAUCAAGCUCUGAUACUAUCGGAGCACAUGUCUGCGGAUAUAAAGAUCACGGUCUUCACCAAAUGCGCGGAAAAUCUAGCAGACCAUAACAACUUUGAAGAGUCACAUAGCCUUUACCAACAAGCUGUGCAAACGGCGACUGAUCAUUAUGGACACAAAAGCCUCCGUGCUGCUCAGACGAUGAUCAAUGUAUCACGGCGGUAUACUUGUGGAAAUCGAUAUGAUAGGCGAUACGAGUAUCAGGAAGCGGAGAAAUUGCAACGGCAAGCCAUUGCGAUUUCAAAGGCUUUGGAUGGAGACUCGGAUGAGGGACGUUGGCGUCUUCACGAGUAUAUGUCGGCUUUAGCAGAAACGCUGAAUGAAGCCGGGAGUUAUUUCGAGGCUUUGGAACUCGAGGAGACGAUUAUGUCUUUUUACCAUACAUGCCAAGGUCCAACAGCUAGGAAAGCAGACUUGGCUUCGAGAGCGCGAGCUCUCGACAGUUUAAGAAAAACAGGCCAACUGGAAAAGGCUGAGGGAUAUGGAAGAGAUAUUCUCCGCCUGGCAGGCGACACACUUGAGCAUGACGACACACUAUUUUGUGAACUCCGAGAAAGAGUUGCAAGAUGCUUUGACGACUUGGAACUUUAUGAUGAGGCUGAGAUAUUACGGGAAGCAAACAUAGAGACUAGCUACACGAGCGUCUUGAAUGCGAGCCCUUUUCUUAGUUCUAUGUACAAGCGACAAAUGAUAAUAUUGAAGAUCAGGACGGGAAGGUAUGAGGAAGCUCACGACUUGUUAAAACAACUUCUGGAAAAGGAGAUCGUACAGGUCCCAAGAUUUUUAAUGAUAGCCAUUGAGUUAUUAAAGGACUUGGCAAGGGAGAUGGGAAACAAUGGCCGGAUGGACGACGCGGAGGCAAUAUAUCGAGAGAUACUUGUUUUAGCGGCCAAUGCCUUUGGUGCAGAACACCACGAGACAUUUAAUGCAGUAUCUGCCCUUGCAAAGCAUCUUCAGAGCCAAGGCAAAGUAACAGAGGCAGAGACUCUUUACUGCAAAUCCAUCGAGCUCGGAAAAGUCUUAGUACUGUCUCAUUCCGAGCUUCCUUGCAAAUUCCAUUACAUGAGUGUAGUCACGGAAUACAAAGAACUCUUGAAAGAAGAAGGAAGAUAUAUGGAGGCUAAGGCUUUAUUAGAGGAGACAGUGGCAGUCAUUAGUAAUAUCCUUGACGACGAGCUUACCGCUACACCUAGGCCCUCCGAAAUCCUAGGUUAUGCUCAUAAAACAAGACUUCUAGACAUAGAAACUCUCGGCGGGAUUUUAUUUGACCUACAAGAGACAGAAAAGGCUGAGAGCUUGUGUAUGGAGGCACUCCAGCUGAGACAGCGAGCUGUCACAGACUCUGUCGAAGAAAGGCUCACAAACAUGCUUUACAUGGUGCGGCUGCACGUAUUGUUGGGGAAGGAGGAAGAAAGAGAAAAACUUUCGCGAGACAUGGUUGAGAUUAAUGCAGAGAAGCUGGGUCGGCAUCAUGAAGAUACAUUGGCCGAUCUCAGAGUCCUAGCUUUUAGCUGUAGCAACGAAGGGGAGAGAGAAGCUCUCUUUCGAGAAGUCUUAGAUGUGAGGUUGAAAAAACUGGGGCCACACCACCAGGACACUAUACAGGCUAAAGCCGAUCUGGCAAAGUCUUAUGGUCAUCAGGAUAAAUUCGAGGAAGCGGAAAUUCUUUUGAGAGAAAUACUUGACGCGAGAAUUAAAACGGUUGGAACUCAACACCCAAGCACUGCGACGGCGAUGUUAAAACUGGCAUAUACACUUGACGACCAGAAGAAAUUGGACGGGGCGGAAAAACUGUACAGAGAGGUGGUCAAAAUGAGGACAGAGGUACUUGGACCCACACACCACUUAACGUUGGGGACGAUAUAUGAUUUGGGUUGGUUUUUGCAUGACCACGACAGAUUUGAAGAGGCGAUAAAAUUACAUCGAGAAGUGCUAUCCGCGACGGCCGAAGUCAUGGGAUUGGAUCAUCGACGUACGAUACUUGCGAUGCGUGCAGUUGGACGUGAUCUCACAGAACUGCGGCAGUAUGAGGAGGCUGAGAGCUAUCUUCGGCAGGCCCUUGCCAAGUGCAAAGAUAUUCUAGGGCAUGAGUGUGAGGAAACUGUGCGUACUAUGCGAGCGCUAGGGGAGAUGCUAUUGGAUUCGAAUAAUGUAUGUGAGGGAAGAGAAGUCCUGACUGAAGCUUUACCACUGGCGCUCAAAGUGUGUGGUUCAAGGGACAAUACGACUUUAGGGAUUCAAGAGCUGCUAAAAGAAGGGGAUAGUGAUCCGGCUACUUCCUCUGAUGCUUAA